AUAAAGGUUUCAGAUAAUGUGCUGCCUUUUUAGAUGUAUCCUCUGUGCUCUUCAGGGCAAGACUCAAGAGACACCUGGAGAACCACCUUUAGAUGAGCUGCAUCCACCAGAGAUGAGUGCUCAGGCCCUGGAUGAAGAUAACAGUGACAACAGCUCUGCAGCCCCAGUGCUGGACUCCACAGGCUCUCCCAACACACACCUGCUGCAGCCAAGCUGGAAUACCCCCCUCCAGCACCUGAUCCUCAAAAAAAGGCUCCUGUCCAUCUGGAGGAUGAUAGCCAGCCACAGGUUCAGCAGCCCGUUCCUGAAGCCAGUGUCAGAGAAACAAGCCCCUGGAUACAAGGAUGUGGUAAAGAGACCCAUGGAUUUAUCCAGCAUAAAGAGGAGGCUGACAAAGGGACACAUCCAGUCCGUGAUGCAGUUCCAGUGUGACCUGAUGCUCAUGUUCCAGAACGCCGUGAUGUACAACAGCUCCGACCACCGCGUGUUCCACGUGGCUGUGGAGAUGCAGCGAGAGGUCUUGGAGCAGCUGCAGGUCCUGGCUGAAGCGCUGCUGUUGUCCAGGGACAGGCUGGAGUGAGGCAGAAGCGCGGUUGCCGAUUGGCUGGCGGAGAGCUAG